CGCGGGGCGUGCGCGCCCGGCUUGGCUCUUCAUGGCUUUUUCGCGCGCAUGUGUGCGUCUCCUACUGUGCGCUACGUCCCUAUAGCCGGCAUCAAGUCACGUGUCAGGACUCCCGGGUCCUGGGCCAAGUUUCUCGGUUUCAGAUCAACCACGGAGCAUCAGCACACAGAGAGCCACACGGCCCGACCCUCCCGCGCGCAUCUCCGCUCCACGCUGCGUAACCAACACCUCAGCGAGGAUGGACGGAUGGAUGCAAUGGAUGUGGAUAGAUGUUAACCGAACGCGCCAAUGAAGACCACUUCAAGUGAUUCUUUGAUUACUUCCAGUGAUUUAUGUUAACGGCUCUCGGAUUACCUUUUUGAUCUGUUAAAAAAAAAAAAAAAAAAAGAACAAAGAAGAUUUGAAGAGAGGAAAGAAAGGAAGGAAAGCUCCGGGCUGCUGAAAGGCUGGGUGCGCUGGAAACACGGAAAGUCACGGAUCAUGCUUAUGGGAACUUCCGAUUCCGUCUCGAUAAGAGUGGCUCUGCCUGAUGCUCUAUCAUGACUGAUGGCGAGGGGAGAGCGCGCUUUCAGUACGCAGAGUGCCCGGAGGCCCAGGUGCAGGAGGAGGUGCGGGAGGAGGUGAGGCUCGCUAUACCUACACCCUACAGGAAUGACGCCCCAGGUCAGGAUGUUGACCCUGGAGGAGACCAUGAUGAGGAGGAAGAGGAGGAGGUGGAGAAGAGGAGGGGGAGGAGGAGAAGGAGGAGAAGCGCUACUGGUCAGGGCGAUGGAGUAGAAUGGAGUCCCGAGGUUCAGGAGCAUGAAGACCAGGAACCGGAAGUGGAAGUUGGACCAACAUUGGGAGUUCGCAUCAGGGCUCCUAUUCGGGAUCCAGACUGCGUUUCUGAGGAGGAGCAGCAGCAGCAGCCGUACCCGGUCCUGGCCCCCAUGGCCUUCUUCUGCUUAAAGCAAACAACAAGGCCUCGCAACUGGUGUCUUCGCAUCGUCUGUAACCCGUGGUUCGAGCACAUAUCCAUGCUGGUGAUCCUGCUCAACUGCGUGACUCUGGGGAUGUUCCAGCCCUGUGAAGACGUCACCUGUCAGUCAGAGUGGUGCCGUAUCCUUCAGGUAUUGGACGACUGUAUCUUUGCUUUCUUUGCUGUGGAAAUGGUCAUCAAGAUGGUGGCCCUGGGAAUCUUUGGCUCCAACUGUUACCUGGGUGACAAGUGGAAUCAGCUUGACUUCGUCAUCGUCAUGGCAGGGGUGCUGGAGUAUUCUCUGGAUGGCCAUAACGCCAGUCUGUCAGCCAUUCGUACCGUCCGAGUGCUCAGGCCACUGCGGGCCAUCAACAGAGUACCAAGUAUGAGGAUCUUGGUGACGCUGCUGUUGGACACCCUGCCCAUGCUGGGAAAUGUCCUUCUCCUCUGCUUCUUUGUCUUUUUCAUCUUCGGUAUUGUGGGAGUCCAGCUGUGGGCGGGGCUACUGCGCAACCGCUGCUUCCUGGGAGAGAACCAUAGGAUCAUAAAAAUGUACAACUUGUCCAUAAGUGAGUACUACAUGUCUGAGGAAGGUGAAGACAGCCCAUUUAUCUGCUCGGCUCCCCGCGAGAACGGGAUGCUGCGCUGCAGCAGUGUGCCGCCCUACACGGAGGGCGGGGUUGAGUGCACAUUGCCCGCUCCCCACCUAAGUUCAGCUCUGAUUGGAAUGGGUGGGGCCAGUGUUAACGGCUGUGUUAACUGGAACCAGUACUAUAAUGUGUGUCAGCGCGGGAACUACAACCCUCACAAGGGAGCGGUCAACUUUGACAAUAUUGGCUAUGCCUGGAUAGCCAUAUUCCAGGUCAUCACUCUAGAAGGAUGGGUAGACAUCAUGUACUAUGUCAUGGAUGCUCACUCCUUCUACAAUUUUAUAUAUUUUAUACUGCUCAUUAUCGUGGGCUCUUUCUUCAUGAUCAACUUGUGCCUCGUGGUCAUCGCCACCCAGUUCUCCGAGACAAAGCAAAGGGAGAACGCUCUGAUGAGGGAGCAGCGUGCUCGCUACAUGUCCAACGACUCCACGCUCGCCAGCUACAGCGAACCAGGCUCAUGCUACGAGGAGAUGCUACGCUACAUUAGCCACCUUUAUCGCAAGUUCACGCGCAGACUGCAGAGGAUAUACUCUGGAUGGCACAGUAAAAGGCGUAAAAAGGUGAAUCCUAAUGGCGGAGGCAGUAACGGCGGGGGUAACGGGCACGGCCACGGCUCCAGCAGAGGCUGCGGGGGCUUAGGCCCGGGUAGCGCAUUGUGGUUGAGACCGAUCCAUAACCUCCUGCAGCACCAUCAGCACCAGCACUGUCGCCUCAGCAAUGGGGGCCAGCACACCAUCAGCGUAACACCCGCCGAACACACUGACGGUGAAGGAGGGGAGGAGCUGGAGAUGAAGUCCCUUCCUGUCCGGAGAGAAAGUACAAAUGGAAAUGGCGGCAGCGGCGGCCCGUCCACUGUUACCCAGGGCAUGGGGGCAUUGCUCGGGCGUCUGAAUGGCGGGAUGAACUACCCAACAAUUCUGCCGUCGUUUGUGUGCAGCUACAGCAGUAAGACGCCGCCCCCCCACUCCCAGCAGCGUGGGCACAGUCCAGAGCAGCACCCACCAAACCACCCAGCAUCUGAACACACAGAGACACUGAACAAACUCUACCAGCUCAUGGGACAGCACAGUCGCCAGAGGCUGCUGUACCAGCUGGCAGGCGUGGUGCCCAGCCCUCUGCUCUUGGAGCUGCUAAGCUGCCCUAUGUGUGCCCGCAGCCUGGAGACCCUAGAGCUGGAACUGGGAGACCUGGAGGGAGGCAGGGGAGAGGCUGACGGACUGCACAACUUCCCCCAGGGGGGAGAUCUGAGAGGCGGGCGAGGUCGGAGCAGACGGCCAAGGGUCGUGGAGUACAAAAAUGGAGUGGUCCGGGCCUGGGUAGGCUUCAGGGAAAAACUGAAGAGGAUUGUGGAAAGUAAAUACUUCAACCGAGGGAUCAUGAUCGCUAUCCUCGUCAAUACUCUCAGCAUGGGGAUAGAGUACCACGAGCAGCCGGAGGAAUUGACUGAUGUGUUAGAGAUCAGUAACAUCGUUUUCACCAGCAUGUUCGUCCUGGAGAUGGGCUUCAUGCUGCUGGCUUUUGGCUUGUUAGGAUACAUCAGGAACCCAUACAACAUAUUCGACAGCAUCAUUGUGAUCAUCAGUGUGUGGGAGAUAAUUGGUCAAGCAGACGGUGGGUUGUCAGUCCUGCGAACAUUUCGUCUGCUGCGGGUUCUGAAGUUGGUUCGCUUCCUUCCUGCCCUGAGGAGACAACUGGUAGUGCUAAUGAAGACCAUGGACAACGUUGCCACGUUCUGCAUGCUGCUGAUGCUUUUCAUCUUCACUUUUAGUAUUCUGGGUAUGCAUCUGUUUGGCUGUAAAUUCAGUCUUGAGACGGAGAACGGAGACACCAUCCCCGACCGAAAAAACUUUGACUCUCUACUCUGGGCUAUUGUCACUGUAUUCCAGAUUCUUACCCAGGAGGACUGGAAUGUGGUGUUAUAUAACGGCAUGGCCUCCACCUCUCCAUGGGCGGCUCUCUACUUUGUUGCUCUCAUGACAUUCGGCAACUAUGUGCUCUUCAAUUUACUUGUGGCCAUCUUGGUUGAGGGCUUCCAGGCUGAGGGUGAUGCUAAUCGGUCGGAGUCAGAUGAUGAGAAGAAAUCUGACAACUUUGAGGAGGACGAGAAGGUAGAACAGCUCAGAGACACUGAGCUAAAAAUGUACUCUCUGAUGAUGACAGCCAACGGUCAUGUUGACCCUCGCGGCUCGAUGGCUCCUCCUAUAAUCAUGCGUACAGCAGCCACACCCAUGCCCACUCCUAAAAGCUCUCUGGGACCUGAGUCGGUCCUUGGAGAGGAGCUCAUGUUCAGAGAGGAGGUGCCUCAGUAUGUCGAGGUUGGACUGGGGUUUUCCGAGGCAGGAAGUGGUCAUGCAGAGUCUCGCCGUGGGAGCUCCACCUCCAUGGACCCUUUAGCCUAUGACCAGCAUUCUCUGAGCCUCUCAAGUCCCGGCCGGCGCUCCCCUCUUCCUCCUCGCUCAUGGGGAAGCCGUCGCUCCAGCUGGAACAGCCUGGGAAGAGCGCCGAGCCUCAAAAGGCGAGACACCAGCGGAGAGAGGGAGAGCCUGUUGUCUGGGGAGGGAGGAGAGGAGGAAGAUGGUGGGCAGGACAAGGGGGAGGCCGGGGGAAACAACAGACUACGGCCAGAAUCCUUGGAGCUGCUGCCGGCGUCCACUCUUUGCCCUUCUAUAAUAGCGGAGUACAGUGACUGUAACGGGAGGACCGUGACCUAUGACCCCAAUGUGAACUCCGAACCCAAGGAUGACUCCUCGCCUGAAGAUGACAUGGACGAUGACAGUUCUUUCUGGCAUUGGAUCAAAAAAGAGCUCAAUAACAUGAAGCCGCGCUGGUGCAUAGAGCAUGAAGACUGGACGCUGUAUUUGUUCUCUCCAGAGAGCAUAUUACGUGGGUGGUGCCAAAGUGUGAUCUCUCACAAAUUGUUCGACCAUGUAGUUCUGGUUUUCAUCUUCCUCAACUGCAUCACCAUUGCUCUGGAAAGACCUGAGAUACAGCUUCAUAGCAAGGAGCGAGUGUUUCUCAGUGUGUCCAACUACGUUUUCACUGUGAUUUUCCUGGCAGAGAUGGCCAUUAAGGUUGUAGCUCUCGGUUUCUGCUUUGGGAAGCAGACUUACCUCCAGUCCAGCUGGAACGUUCUGGAUGGUUUUUUGGUGUUUGUGUCUCUGGUCGACAUUCUGGUCUCUCUGGCCUACACUAGCGGAAACAGGAUCCUGGGCAUCCUCAGAGUCCUACGUCUCCUACGAACACUACGCCCGCUGAGGGUGAUCAGCCGAGCCCCGGGAUUGAAGCUGGUUGUGGAAACGCUCAUCACCUCUCUCAGACCCAUCGGGAACAUUGUCCUUAUCUGCUGCGCCUUCUUCAUUGUCUUUGGCAUCUUGGGCGUGCAGCUGUUCAAAGGGAAGUUCUACCACUGUGAAGGUCCGGACACGAAAAACAUCACCAACAAGUCAGACUGUCUGCAGGCCAACUACCGCUGGAUACGAAGGAAGUACAACUUUGACAACCUGGUUCAGGCUCUGAUGUCUUUGUUUGUGCUGUCCUGUAAGGAUGGCUGGGUCAACAUCAUGUAUGACGGGCUGGAUGCAGUGGGAGUGGACCAACAGCCUAUAAGGAACCACAACCCCUGGAUGCUGCUCUACUUCAUCUCUUUCCUGCUCAUCGUCAGCUUCUUCGUCCUCAACAUGUUUGUCGGUGUCGUGGUGGAGAACUUCCACAAGUGCCGGCAGGACCAGGAAGAGGAGGAGGCCCGCUUACGGGAAGAGAAGAGGCUCAAAAUGAUAGAGAAAAAGCGCAGGAGUAAGGAGAAUGGAGGGGCUGAGGCCAAGCAGAGGCCUUACUAUGCGGACUAUUCUCCCAUGCGUCUGUCCAUCCACACACUGUGUACCAGCCACUACCUGGACCUGUUUAUCACCUUCAUCAUCUGCAUCAACGUCUUCACCAUGAGCAUCGAGCACUACAAUCAGCCGCAGUAUUUAGAGGAGGUUCUGAAGUACUGUAACUACGUAUUUACCUGCAUCUUCAUCGUCGAGGCCCUGCUCAAACUCGCGGCAUUCGGCAUACAAAGGUUCUUCAAAGACAGGUGGAAUCAGCUGGAUAUAGCUAUAGUGGCGCUCUCCAUCAUGGGCAUCACCCUGGAGGAGCUGAAGAUGAACGCAGCACUGCCCAUAAAUCCUACCAUCAUCAGAAUCAUGAGAGUACUCAGAAUAGCACGAGUGCUAAAACUUCUGAAGAUGGCCACAGGGAUGCGAUCUCUGCUGGAUACGGUCAUGCAAGCGCUGCCACAGGUGGGGAAUCUCGGUCUCCUCUUCAUGCUGCUCUUCUUCAUCUACGCUGCGCUGGGAGUGGAGCUCUUUGGCAGACUGGUGUGCAAUGACAACAACCCAUGUGAGGGUCUGAGUCGUCAUGCAACGUUUGAGAACUUUGGGAUGGCCUUCCUCACACUGUUUCGAGUGUCCACUGGAGACAACUGGAAUGGGAUUAUGAAAGACACGUUAAGGGAGUGUCAUCCAGAGGACCGCCACUGUCUCUCCUACCUGCCUUUGGUCUCUCCAAUUUACUUUGUCACCUUUGUGCUAAUGGCCCAGUUUGUGCUGGUCAACGUGGUGGUGGCCGUUUUGAUGAAACAUCUCGAGGAAAGCAACAAGGAGGCUAAAGAGGACGCAGAGAUGGAUGCAGAGAUUGCCUUGGAAAUGGCUAUGGAGAACCAACGCAAAUUAAGCGCAACCUCCGACAACAGUUCAGUGGGAGGAACCUAUGUUGGGCCAUGUCCACAUUCACCUGGACAGGUGGAGGAAGAGGUGCAGUGCGGUGACCAGGAUCUGCUGUCGUCAAGGAAGAUGUCCGUUUCCAGGAUGCACUCUCUGCCUAACGACAGCUACAUGUUCCGACCUGUGCGGCCCGCCAGCGCCCCCAACCCUUUGGAGGAGGUAGAGCUUAGUCCCCAGCACCAGCAUUCAGGUUCAGUGACGUCGGUCCACUCCCAGCCAUGUGAAAGCCAUGCACUGUUGCAAGUACCAGACGUUUCCCACGUUCACCCUCGGUCACCUCCCACCCUCACCAUGCCCCGCAUCGCCCCGCCCACGCCCAGCCCCUCCCCACGGGCCCUGCGCAGACAGGUGGCCGUUAAAGUGGAUUCUGUCGAGUCCCAGGGUUGUGAGCAACAGGAGAGGCCCAACCCUGUCUAUCUGCCUCCCCUGUCCCCUUCUCCCGUCUCUCCUCAUACCUCCUCCCCAUCUCCCCUGCCUCCUCCUCCUCCCUCCUCCCCCUCAUCCCUCUAUCUCCCACCCUGCUCCCCUUCAGCCUUCCCGCUCCCUCCUCCCUCUCCUCUGCAUCCUCUACUGUCCUCCCCCUCUCCAGUACCUCCUCCACCAUCCUCCCCCUCUCCAGUACCUCCUCCACCAUCUUCCCCCUCACUUCUUCUCCCGCCACCUCGCUCCCCCCGCCUCCCCCUGCGCCCUCUCAGCCUACAGAGACCUAGACCGCCCUCUGCUGUCUCCCUCUGUGACCCGGCAGACGAGGAAGUGUAUCACAUCACCAGCUCAGCCAGCCACAGGUGGAGGCAUGAGGAGGGAGGAGGGCAGGAGAGCAGGGGGAAGGUCGGCCGCAGCCACUCCCUCUCCCCUUACACCACCCCGUAUUCUCUCAACUCCUACUCCACCGCCUCCCCUUCUCCUCCCCCGCUACCACCUUCCUCCUCGAGGAGCAAGCUCAGUCUGCUUGGGGCGGCAUUGAUGGACUGUGACUCUAGGAAGGCUUUAAGCGUUGACACCCAGGCCAUCCUGGACAGGCCGUCAUCAUUGUCUGCUGGUUACCCUGACGACCAGCGGCGCCACUCUAUCGAGGUCUGCCUCCCACAGGCGGUCCUCACCAGUGACGACCAACACUUUGCACGUGAGGCCCACAGGUCGGAAAAAGGUGGUCAGGCAUUUCCUGUGAGGGUGCAGUCAGUCGGGGGUGGCCACAGAAAGAAGAAGAUGAGUCCUCCUUGUAUAUCCAUCCACCCGCCCUCAGAGAGGGAACUCCCGCAAAUUGCCUCACCCCCAAAACUGGCUGACUGCAGCAUGAUGCUGAGACGCAGGACACCGUCCUACGACUUGACCCCGCACGCCCAGUCAAACACACAAGACGUCUCUGCAGAUUCACAGAUGCGCACCCAGAUGCACUCCCCGAGGCACACACCGCUCACACCUAUCCACGUGCCGCUGCAAGCACACUCGCCAACACACACACUGAUACGCUCGCGGGCGUCUACUCCGACAUACACUCCACCGCAUGUAUCCACACCUACACUCCCACACAUCCCGAUCAGCCCAAACAUCUUUAUCCAACCACAUGCACCUCUUGUCCCAAUGCCUUUCUCACAAGCGCACUCCCUCUCCCCUGCUGCGAGGCACUCCUCUCUCACAGGGGACUACAUCCCCCUCCCCCAGUUCACCUUCGAAGAACCACAGUCCAGAUACAUGAGCGGCCUGUCGGCUGGUCUAUCAGACACCGAUACAGCCACCUGCUCUUCCCCCUUCGACAACAGACUGGGAAGCGGUGCAGGAUUCAGUGCAAAGAAUCGGAGGACUGCCCAAUGAACAUCGGGCAUUGCCUUCAGGAAGUGAAUUAAUUGGUCCUAGAUGUCUGAAAAUGGAGUAGAGGGGCCUCGGCUGACCGCAGCAGAGAUUGGUGCUGGGGAGAAAAUGAGAAGAAGAAGCCCAGUGCAAGGAGAAGUUUACUGGGAGAGAGAUUAUUUUGUUUUGUUUUGUGUAGAUGAAUACUGAAAAGACAUGAAUUAUUCUUUCCAGAGAGACGCUGGUACAGUCCCGUCGUAGAAUAAUAGACAGUGGAUCUAUUUUUCCUAAACCCAGCUUAAAGGACAGCAGAUCCACUGAGGCUGUACCAGUCAAACAGUACCCACUGUACAUGGUGUGUUCGGGACUAAUACUAAUAACACGCCAGGACUAAAGCCACCUAACUCCGUAGCCAAAGUUUUUUUUUUGACACACUGUCCCCACCCACGCGAGCCAAUCAGGAAGCAGCGUCUGGCUGACAACCUCUGACCUUUACAGGAAGUGGUUUGUGAAAUGCGAGCGUGGGGGGAACUGUGGGAUAUGCAACUUCAGGUUUUCUACAGAAGUUCUGCUUGCCCCUCCUCUGCUCCUCGAUCACAUUGAUCAGAGCAGAAGUGUGUGUGUGUGUGUGUGUGUGUGUGUGUGUGUGUGUGUGUGUGUGUGAGAGAAAAUGAGUGAGCGUGUCUGUGUUUUCCUGUGUGCGAGUAUUGUCAAAUCUGUUGUCAUGGAAGUUUGCCAUGUUAUUCUUCCAUCUGCAACGACAGAGAGGGGAAGCAGGGCAGAGCUGUAGUGUAUGUUUAUUUGUGUAUCUGUGCAGUGUAAAUAAAGGAAAAUACUGUAUUUGGUGAGAUUGAAAAUAGCUCUAUCCAUAUGCACAUAUUUUUAUAGAGAUCUGAAAUGUUUUUUGCACACAAAUUUAAAUUUCAAGUUGCUUGUUUUUCCUCUGUUGUCCUCUUGUGAAUGUAUGUUUCUUUUCGAACCGGAGAGAGCAGUGAGGGAGAUCAACCCUCCUCUCAACAGGCUAGCUGAGGUUCAGGAGUGGGAUUUUAUUUUUCUAUUUUGAAAAAGAGAACAGGGGUGUGAUGUGUUUCCGUAGCUUUGUCUCAGACUUCUAUUGUAUGUAUUUGGCGUCUAGAUAACAGUCUUAAGAAGCGGGCUCAGUGAUGCAGGCCAAAUUCAUUUUAAGAUGUUAAUCUAUUUUGACGUCCCUGCACAGAGUACAGUUCAUGAUCUUGUGUAAAUGUGUUGAGACUAGUGGCUAAACUUGUGUGCUGUCCUUCACAAAUUCAAUUUUAAUGUGGCUAUUAUUCCAAAAAAAGAAUUCCUAUAGUGAGUUAAAAUAUAAAACUACUGUGUUUUUUUGUCCAGAUAAAUUAUAAAAAAUAACUUGCAUGCAGCUAAAUAUCUCUGUGGGCUGCUGACUAUGGGAACAUAUACAAUAUGAAUGAAAUCCAGUCUUAUCCUUGUGUGAAAAAAAUGCCAUCUCUGAGCCCCCCUUCUACAGCUGGAUCAGUUCUGACACCACAUAGUGUUUCUGUACAUCUAAAGACAACCAAACUAACUAACUUACUAAAUAUGUGUAGCCAGAGUGCAAUAAUAAUAUAUACAUGUGGAAAAUAUAGUAACAUCCACACAUAAAACAACCACACUCUUGUGUUCGUACAUAUUGUAGAACUACUAUAUAUGAUAUAAACCCAUUUUUAUAUGAUGAUCGAGAGGAUUUCUAUCUCUAGUGUUCAUGCUCCUAUAGGUACCCGCCCCCUGCCUGUGGCUGCGGUGGCAUGGAUGGGUGUGGCUGGAUGCAGUGUUAGGUACUGUAGAUUUCUCUAAAAGCUCCGGCCCACCCGCUGAUAGUGUAAUGACCCAUUUGUCACCCCUCAAUUUUAUUUCCCCUACUAACCCACCACAUUAGAUUUGUUACCUACAUAUCCAUUAUGUUAAAAUUAACUUAUCCACUGAUGGACUCAUGCAACUCCCAAGGUGUGAAUGACAAAUAAUGACAAGCAUUUUCCUUUCAGUGACUGAAUGUUUCUUACCAUGACAUACCUUUAUUCUGACACAGCACAAUAUGUAUUUAUUCUAUUUUGUGCACAGUCUGGUUUGGCACAGGUACACAAGAAGCAUGCUUGUUAGCUACAUAGGUACUACUGAUUCCGUUUUAAAAGGCAGCUGGCUGGGACGGCGUCUUUAUUUUUUUCUGAUCAGCAUGUAACAUGCACAGUUUCUCAGUAAUCUGAGUAAAACAAGUGCAUUCAUGCUGCACCAUAAUCACCACAGGCCCAGUAUUAAUUUACUAAGAUUGUAUCCGUCCUCAUAGCUAUUUCCAAUCAAAUUCAAAGUGUGAGUACUGAGUGACAAAGGGUCUCUGGAGGGCGGAUUUAUUUUUUAAAGUGUUAAACCAGUGCGGCAACAAGUAAAUACUUGAAUUUUAUUGGGUCAUACUGUAUAUUUGUAUGGGCAUUACAUUUAAAAAAAGGACAGAUCAUUUUCAUGUAAUUUUCUUUCAGAUACAAAAUUUGCCUUAUAUACAUCAAACUUAAACUAGCAUGAAAAGUCUGUAAGAGUUUGCUGAUACCUGCAGAAAUCCUUCAGGGUCAUUGAAGAAAAGAAGAAGGUCUAGAUUAUCAUCAGAUUAUUCUCGGUCAACACUCUCAUCUUUAAAUCUCCCAAGCAGUGUGCAUGUAGAUUGGAAAACUUGUGAGAUAAGCUUCAGUUUGCCACCUUUGACCUUUGUGUUCUACAGCGCACCCCCGUGAUUGGUUGUUAUCCUUGGAUAGAGCCACGUUCAACAGUACAGUGCUGCUGAUGUGAGUUCAGAAAUGAAUUGGAUUAAGAUUGGCAUGUUGCAAGAAAAGAUUUCAGAAUGAAAAUCUCUUGGACAAUGAAAUCACAAUUUGAAAAUGUAGCUAUUGAUGAAUGCAGCUUGUUCAUCUUUUAGCACUCUUCCAGAUUCUGAGAUGUCCUCCCUCCUGUACAUGGCGCAGUUGGUUGUCCCCUGUUUUAAAAUCAUUUGAAUACAGUAUGUGCUCAAACACACUGUUAUUGUGCACCUGCUUUGUCCUGUUUUAUGUCCUUUUUCUGCACAUAUUGUCAGCAAUGGGAGGUUUUAAGUAUUCUGGAGACAGCCUCUUUCUGUCUCACUCUUAUUUGACUUAGUGCAGACGACCCCAAUCUACAGCAUAUUGCCAUAUUAAUCAAUACACUUUGGUAGAGUGACUGCAUAAUUGUUCUUACGAUUUACAGAUCUUUGGAUCUCAGUAUUUAAAUCCUGUUUUUGAGGAAACAGUUUUGACUAUUGCAUGUUCUGAUUUAAGAAAAAAAAAUCUUUUGAAUCAUCUGGAUGUUUUAGAGAUUUUGAUAUUUGCAUUUUCAGAUGUUUCCAUUUGUAGAUUGACUACCUAAUUGCACUGGGCUCUGAUUAAUUGGUAUCUGAUAAAAUACUGAUUAAAUGACCCUAUUCUUUAUUGUCCAAUGCAAUAGUGGGUGGUUAUUUACUGUAUGAGGACAGAGCUCCUCUUUAUACAGUUUUAUAGAGAGACAUGGAAACCUAGUUGGUUCUAUUUUGUUGAGAACCAACGUUAUUUAAUGUUGAGGUGAACCUUUUUUCACUUUUUCCUCCUGAUACUACAUGCUAGAACUCUGGUGAUGGUGAAACUAAUUAACUGAUGUAUAUUUUAUGUAGGAGUAGCCUAACCCCUGAUGGUCUGUAAUGGACAGAUUAGGAUAGUGAUAAAUUGUGUUUUCUGGGUUGGCACUGAGCUGGGCCAGCCUCGCAGCGAAGCUGAUCACGCUCAUGACACGUGUGACGCCACGAUACCAGACUCCACAAAGUUCAAACUGUGAUAGAACUUGACUUUGAUGAAUCAGAAACCUUGUGUUUUCUUUCUUUCUUUUUUAUAACCCUUCAGUGGUCGCCCCAGGCACCCCGACCCCCAAAACCCCCCCAAGCCUUACAAGGAGGGGAGGAGGUAUGUUCUAUCUGUCAGAGAAGAGCAAAGGUGUCUGCAAUAACAAGCCCCCCCCCCCCCCCCAUUAUUCCCUGUGACAGAGGGAGAAGGGAGGUGACAGGGGAGGUGUUUAAAGGCUCUAUACACAGUCAGACUCCCUACAUUGUAUCAUUGCUGAUUAUUGUGUGAUGACCAGCCGUUGUCCUGAAGGAUGUUUCCCUGUCAAUUAAAAAAUACAAGAUUUUUUAAUUCCUGA